AUGAAGGGGACGCUGCUUCUGCUGGUCUUGCUGGUGACCGGGGAGCUGGGCUUCCAGACAACGGAAGCAUGCAUUCCUUUCUUUGAAGCCUUUGCUGCAGUGGCCUCUGGAAACAAGGAAAUAUUGAAUGUCGUCCUUACCAAGUUUGACGCUACUGACGGGGAGAGGAAGGGUUUUGAAAAAAUCCAGGAAUGCUACAAUGAGGGAGGAUUGAAAACCAAAUUCCUGGAUUCCACAGUUCUG